AUGAACAGAUCUUUGCACACCCGCCGCCGCCGCGCCGCCGCCCCUCAUUCGGUCAUUGGGCCGAGUCGCAUAAUCGAUAGGAGUUGUGUUAGUGGCGGUGUGGGACAAGUUGCGGGUGAUCGCGCUGUGAAUGGUUCCCAGGCAUUGCAAACGGAGAAGAUGCAGCCUCCGCCGAGAAAGGUACGCUCAAUUAGUCGCUAUAGGUGUAGGGCUUCGAUGCGGCCCUGCGAGGAGCCCUACGGGGUUUCCGCGAUGCGGAAGAAUAUGGUGGAAGGCAAUUAUGCGAAAUUUUUGAAAAAUCUUCACUCGGAACAAAUCAACAAGCUGAUAUUGAAAAAUCAACACGAGUGCGAUCUGCUCGAAGACAUUAGAACGUUCACGAUCAAACGAUCCGCCAUCGAAAAAUCCUAUUCAGAAGCUUUAUUGAAAAUAUCUUCCGCCUAUUUAAAUAAGAAAAUCCCUAACAUACCCGACAUAAAAUUAGACGGAGGCGAUGAAAAAUGGAAUAUGUGGAACGUUUGGAGGACGGUGCUGGAGGAGAACGAGAAAUUGGCGAGAGCGCGUUUGGCGGCAGUCGAAGUAUUUCAGCAGCAAAUCGCCGACGAUGCCAAAAUACUGCGGGCGCAUAAAUUACAAACGGCCAAAAAGUGCGUGGACCAACUAGCGCUCGUCCAAAAGGAAUUGCAGCUGUGCGUACAGGACGUUGAUAAAACGAAAAAAUUGUAUUUCGACGAAGAACACGGCGCCCACGAAGUUAGAGAUAAGGCUAGAGAUAUCGAAGAAAAGCUCAAAAAGAAGAAAGGUUCGUUCUUCCAAUCGAUCACGUCGUUGCAAAAGAACAGCGCCAAAGUGUCGACGAAACGAGACCAAUUGGAGGAGAAAUCGACCGGAGCCAGGAACGAUUACCUACUGUGCCUCGCCGCAGCAAACGCACACCAAACCAGGUACUUUGUGGUGGACCUGCAGCUCUGCAUGACGACGAUGGAGAGCGGCGUCUACGACAAAGUGGCCGAAUACCUGUCGCUGAUGGGCCGCACCGAGCUGCUCACCUGCUCGGCCAUGCAGAACUCCUUCGGCACCAUUCGCGACCAGGCCAAGCAGCUGACCAGGGACUACAACUUGCAGUGCUGCUACCUGUACUAUCCGGUGCUGAAGCAGCACAUCCACUACGAGUUCGACGCCUGCGACAGCGAUCCCGUCGAUCGCGUCACCGCCGAACACGAUUCGUCGACGGCCACGCUCAGCAAGGAGGCCAGACGAUGGGCCACGAAGAUCGCCAGGGAGAACAACAACGUCAGGGAGAGCGUCAGGAAGUUGCAGAUCUACCAUUCCAUGAAGGAAGCCGGACAAAAGGUGGAUCCGAGCGAUCCGAACGGGCCCGACUUGGAGACCAAAAUCGAAGAAAUGAAGCAGAACGUGCGAAGAGCGGAAACGGCCAAGGCGAAGGCCGAAGCGAGAAUAGAAUGCCUGCGCGCCGGCGGCGUCAACGUCGACGAAUGGCUCCAGGAGGCCGAGACGCUCACGGUGCAAGACAUCCAAAGGUCCACCAGCUCCCUAUCGGAUCAUCCCAGCUCGGAUUCGUUCUACGACAGCGACUUCGCGGACGGCGAGCCGGCCCCGCCGGCGGCGGACGUCGUCAAAGAGGAGGCGGAGCGCCGGGAGAGCCACCAUUCGGACCACUACGAGAGCGCCGAGGUCGACGCGAUGCUGGAACAGGAACGCCAGCGAAUCGAGCAGCUGACGGCCGGCUGGGACGACCCCACCCAGGUGGAUUGGGGCGCCGAAGCGGCGGCCGCCGACGACGCCGACGGCGUCGAACGACGCCAGUCCGUCCGAUCGGUGCCGUUGCUCAAAUGCACGGCGCUCUAUUCGUACGCCGCGCAAAACCCCGACGAGCUGACGAUCGUCGAGAACGAGCAACUGGAGGUGGUGGGCGAAGGGGACGGCGACGGCUGGUUGCGGGCGCGCAACUACCGCGGCGAGGAGGGCUACGUGCCGCAGAACUACAUCGACGUCGAGCGCGAACAAUCGUCGACGACGCCCGGCCUGCAGGCGCAGAUCUCCUUCUCGUCGGUGGAUUACACGGUGGACAACGAGGAGGAGAACGCCCAACAACGGACGGAGACCACCCAAAGCCCAGAGCAGAUAUCCGUUAUAUCAAUACCGCAGAAGACGCCCGACGAUAUCGCCACUCCUUCUUAUUGCAUAGCGCUGUACGACUACGAAGGCGAAGGCAAGUAUCAUCACAAGGCGUCUCGACGCGGAGAGGAGUUGACGUUCGAAGAGGGUCAGAUAAUAAAGAUUCUGAGCAGGUGCGCGCACAGCAUAGACGACGGCUGGUGGCAGGGCGAGUUCGACGGUCACAUCGGUAAUUUCCCAUCGCUUGUUGUAGAAGAAUGCGACGAAUUCGGCGAACCGUUGGUCAACGAAUGGGACGAAACGCCGCCCCGAUCGGCGCCGCCGAUUUUCACGCCGCCCGACAUCAUGCCCGAGUAUACGGCCGAUGCCGAAGACGGCGAAGACGACGCGCCGAUGUCGUCGCCGCCGGCCCAACCGCCGCCGCCGGCGCCGCCGCUCGGACCCGACGAUCUCGACGAGGAGGCGAUCGACGAGGACGCCGCCAUCGCUGAGGAACCGGCGGAGAUGGUGGAGGAGGCGGCGCGGAAUGACGAAGGAUUCGAGAUUUCGCUGUCUCGGGACCAACACACCCACUACGGAAGUCAAUUCAACAAAUCGUCCGAUACGUGCGUUCCGACGAUAGACGUGCCCAGCGUUGAAAUUAUCGAUGAGGAUUCCCGAAACGUCGAAGAGCCGGAGCGAGGCGAAAGUAGCGAUUUCGGUUUGUGCGCUCAAAUCGUGAUAACGGCCGCCACGCCGAUGGUCGAGGAGGCCGGCCCGUUUCCCGGCGGUGCCGCCGAAGAAACCGCCGACGAUCACAAGGAAGGAAAUCCGCCGGCGGACGAUCAGCCGGCUGUAACCGAAUCCGAUAACAAACCGGACGCUGCAGACGAUGCCGAAGAGACCUUUGACGAUCACCACGUCGAUACGCCCUUUGUGGUGAGUAGCAGCACGGGAAGCGACGGUGACGAGACGGGGCCGAGUACGGCGGAGAAUUCGGUGAGUCAGGCGCCGCCGGCGUCGGCGUCGGCGUCGGCGCCCGUCGAUGCGGAACCGAAGCAAGUGGUCGGAGGUAGGGCGAGCAUUCCGGACGAAUUAGAGCCGCACCAAUUGGCCCGUUUGCAAGAACUCAAAGAAUCCAACGCCUAGAUGAUGAGUAAUAUUGUAUAUUUUUGUUUUGGGAAAAAUGAUAGAUUUACAUGUGCUUCACACCAUUAAAAAACGCAAAUCGUUAAGAUGAUCGAAUGUAAUGAAACGGUCGGGGAGAGAUCGAUGUGCAAGGCUCGCGAAUGCGUUAUGGAAUUAAUUCUGGACCAUUUGUGGUGCAGUAUUUGAAUUAAUUCGAAAGAUUUUGGCGCAUUCGUUGGCCUGUUUUGUUAUCUAGCUCGCCUUUACUGUGGAUUUUGAAUCGCGCGUAUAUUUGUACCUAAUUUGUUACUGAUUUUUCUAGUAUACAUAUGAUUUCCAGUUAGGAAAUGUUUCACUAGAUUAAAUUGAGUUCCUUUGUUCAUGUAACAAAAAUUUACACAACUAUUCGGAUCUUACGAAUGUUUCGGAAGUGUUCUGUAAGUUUUGUUGAAACAAACGUUAUGAAUUGAUUCAAUGUUUCGACUCGAAAUGUCUAAAUUGCUGUUGUAAACUUUCAGUAAAUACGAGUAGUUUCAUAGUUGAAUAAGACGCUAAAUAAAGCAUAAGUGUGCUUUAUUUUUUGUGAUAACUAAGUUCUAAUUCUAAAAUGCACGAAUAUAACGUAUUUCUAAACGAUACAUCGAACACCGAUUAUUUCUUGGUAAAAUAUCUCAAAAUUGAGUAGUUUCAAUUAAAUGUCGAUUCCAUUCAUAAAAAAUAUUUCAUGCACGAAUCGAUUAUUUAAUUGUUUUUCUAGUGAAUAGGCAUUUUUGAUAGGAAAGUUUGCUCGGUGCAAUUUAGGCAAUUUUUGUCGCUAGAUUCUAUAUAUACAUAAAUUAAGAAAAAUCGUGAUAAUUAUCAGAAUUGAUGGUUCAGAUAAAUACGAGGCAAGUUAAAUUCGUGAAGGAUGCUGAAAUAAUAUCAAUAACCGUAUGUAGUCGAGUCUACACAGACGUAGAAUACGAAUAAUAGACUGAUGGCAGUGCAAUAAUGGGUACCGAUAAUUGUUGUUUUGUGAAUUUGUUUAGAAAGUACUCGAUUAAACAAAUACCUUUUUCGGUUGUCCUAAACGGGAUGUUCCUAUAAGAGAACGUUUUUAUUGAUACACCCUUUGUUUUGAACGUUUGGCAAUAAAUUCUUUUUGUUUUAGUUCAUUUGUAAAUAUGUUAAUAUUGUACCUAUAUUUUAUUUAAUGUUAAUAAGCGCGUGUAAGAGAUAACAGCAAACGGUCUUUUUUAUAUUAAAUGUAUGUGUUGUAGCGGAAAAUCUCACCACAUACUUUUUUUUUUUUAAAUUCAUUAACGAUAUUUUGUUAUCAAGUUAAUUGUUGUUCAGUGGUCGGGAUUUUCUCGUAUUGUACAAAUAUGCCAGUUGUUAGAAAAAAUAGUUCAUAGUAAAUCAAAAACUUGAUGUCUCAAUGACUCGCGAAAAAUACUCAAUGUCAAUAACGAAAACUACUUAUAAUAAUUUUGUAAUACAACUAACAACUGGCCGAUGAAUUACUAGAAGACUACAAGCUGUUUUAUGCGAUUGUAUUCAAUUCCCCGUCUUCUUUCAGCGGUGCCUUCUUAUUAUAAUCUUCAAUCUUUCACCUGUAGAUAUUAUGUAUAAUUAUCGUUUAACCCGUACAAAAAAAAAAAUUGGAUUCGAAUAUGAAUAAUAACAAAUCAUCCAUUCUGUGUAAUAAAUAUAUUAAAUAAACUUCCGCCGUUUGAUUUUAUUCGUUUCUCCAAUCACAAAAAUAUCUAUACAAUCCUUUGCAAAAUAACAACUAAAUACAAAUUUAAUCUUACCAUUAUCUACAAUAACAAAAACGUCUAGAACCAAAGAUCGCCGGCGUCGUCGUCCUCCUGCAUGUUCUCCUGCACGUCCCUGCCCACAUUAGCCCCCUCGUCGUCGCUCUCGCUCACCGCCAAGUCAUCGUGUAUCUUCAUCUCCGUCAAAGUCGUCGCCUCCUGGCUGUUCAUCCCCGUAUCAUCCUCAACUUUACGCAACGGCAAACCGGCCAUCAGGAAAUCCGACGGAUCGUAAUUCGGAUCCACGUCCAUACUCUCAUCU